CGCCAAACACUGGUGUCGUCUGCACCGUGGUGUACAGACGGCUACUUCUACUCGUGGGCGAGAGGCCGAGCAGGCAGCAAGGUGUCUAACGAGCAGGAGUGGCAGACGUGCGAUAUGUCGGGGCUUUGACCGAGAAGAUCGCGAGUGUGUGGCGAGCACAGAGAGGUGAGAGGCGGGUGUACAGGUGUACAGGUGUUCAGGUGUUCAGGUGGCGGACCUCACUUACAGCAAAUCGUCUGCUCACUCGUGUUACUAACGGGCCCCACUGUUUGCCUUCACUGACUCCACAAACACCGUGACCGCGGGGUGGAUGGGUGGAGACGAGUGCUAACUACACACCUCGCCGAGUGGCGGCGUGCCGUGUGUUUAUUGUGUACCGUACACGUGCACAAACACUGCGUGUCAUGUGUUGGUUGUGCUCUGCGCGUGUUCACACGUGGGACAAGGCGACAGCUUGGUGAGACUACACACAUCACUUGUGUCCACAGUCACAUCUGGCUGCGCGGGAAAUACCCACCACGAUGCCCACCCACCUCGUCCAGCAAACAGCUUGCUGAGAACACACGUGUGAGGGAGUAGUUUUCACCAUCUACAUUGAGAUGAGCGACUUCACCGCAAGCAGCUGCCAUGGUGACACGAGGGCGAAGAUACGGGAGCUGGUACACCUGGCCAGCUUCAUGACUAACGGUUUUGACAAAGAAUCCUGAUGUGGCCCAGCCAAUGGGGACUUGACAGUCACAGUGACAGUGGCAGUCGCUGGGAAACUGCCCGAGUGUGGACUACCUGAUGGUUCAUCCUGGACCUUUGGAUAUUUCAGUGUGGAUUACCUGAUAUUUCAGUGUGGAUUACCUGACAUUUCAGUGUGGAUUGUUUUAAAGUUCAGUUCGGAUUAUCUGAUGGUGAUUUUUUAAUGGUCGACAGCAAGUAAGGACAGUGUGGAGCUAGAGUUAUGCCGACAGGGUGAACUGACAGUGUGAUUGCUGUCAUCUGACAGUGUGAUUGCUGUCACCUCCAGUGUGACUGCUGACAGCCUGGUCAGCAUGCAGUCCUCAGUCCACGACCCUUGGCUCGUUUCCGUUUCCACAGGCAGGAGACGCAAAUCUUGAAGGUGGAUGAGUGUUGUGUAGUGCUCCUGUGAACACAAGUGUGUGAAGUGUGCCUCAGGGGGCGGGGAGAGCACUCUAACAUGCCGAAGACAGCCCCAUCAUGAGCUCCUCUUGUGUGGGAUACACCCAGGGGCUGGCAGUGAGGUCAGCAGCACUCCUUAUUCUGCUAUGGGCAUUCUUCUUGGCAGAUACAUGGGGUCAGAACCAGUGGUUAAAGAAACCACAAGAUGUGCUGGUGUCACGUGGUGGCAAUGUGACCUUUGAGUGUCAGUCUCCCAACAACAGCACCAAUAUUGUGUGGACACAGGGACCCAAGGUUGUUUUUAAUAAUGGCUACCGCACUGUGGUGACCCCUCUACACUUUUCUCUCACCACCCCCUUUACGCUGAGCAUCACCGGUGUGCAGGAUCAGGAUGCCGGACAGUAUGGCUGUAACGUUCUGGACUAUGGCUCUGUCUCAGCUCAGCUAACUGUGGCAGUGUUGCCUGGUCUCCCAUCGCUGACUCUCAGUCACCUGGGUGACAUUUUCCGGGAGGGAGAGAGUAUCAGCAUGACAUGCCAGUCAGUUGGCGGGAAGCCGCUGCCUACAAUCACAUGGAUGAAGAAUGGAGUGCAGUUGGUGAUGCCUUCCAUGGAUGUUACUGGCAAUGUGUCACGUAGUACACUCAACGUCACCCUCAGCCACAGUGACCACGGGGCCAAUUAUACCUGUUUUGUUUACAAUCUGCUGAACGAGUACCAACCCUUGAUAGUUUCUCGCAUUUUCAGUGUGCAAUAUUCUCCCAUCAUCUCAUUUGACCCUUUUGGGCCAUACACUGUGCGCUUAGGUCAACCUGCACAGGUUACUUGCCUGGUGGAUGCCAACCCAUCUGUUAAUACAGUCACCUGGCAGAAAGAUGAGCACAUCUUGCCCAACGUACAACCAGUCCUUAGUUUUAAAGCAGUUUCCAGACAAGACAGUGGCAACUACACCUGUUAUGCUGCAAACUCUCUCAACUCAGCCACUCCUACUCGGCUCUCUAUCUACAUCAGCGUUGUCUAUCCCCCAAAUGUGACAGUACCAUCAUCACUGACUGUUCAAGAGGGGACACCUUUGUCAGUUAACUGUACUGUAGAUGCUAAUCCUGACCCAUGGGAGGUUAAAUGGGAAAAGAUAAAUGGAGAUGGAAGUCGUGUUCAGGUGUCCAGAAGUCAAUCACUGGUCAUGACAAAUGUCUCUCGAAGUGAUCAAGGUAGCUAUUCCUGUCAAGCCUCCAACCGUCUGUCCAUCGCUGAUUCAGCUGCUACAGAAAAUGUGGAGAGCAAAGCCACCAUGACAUUGUUUGUCAGCUAUCCCCCAGGAUUGGCAGUUAUCUCUAAAGUAUUUAACAUCAGCAUUGGACAAAAAUUGGUUCUCACCUGCUCUGCUGACCCAGAAGGAUAUCCCUCAGCUACAUUUCAAUGGUGGAAGACUGACAAAGAACUGUCCCAGAAUGCCUCUUUUGUCAUCGAUAAGGUUUCUCUGUCAGAUACUGGCAACUACACUUGCAUCCCAAGAAAUAGUCAGGGCUCGGGGUUAUCUGCACAAGUGACAGUCAGUGUCAAUGAGCCUCCAUCCCUUACCACCACACUGCCAGAAACGAUGACUGAUGUCAUCAACAGUUCUCAGGUAUUCAACCUUACCUGUAGGUCCCGUGGCCACCCAAAGCCAACCAUUCAGUGGUUCAAGGAAGACAACGAACUUACAAGAUGCAAAAGACUUUUAUUUCAUUAUGAGGUGACAAGUAUGCUGACAUUUAAAGGUUUAGGCCGUCAACAGUUGGAUGAGGGGAGAGAACUCAUCUUCGUGUGGAAGAUACCGGAAACUACACUUGCACAGCAACUUCUCCCUAUCUAUUCCCUUUCAGUCAAUAGUACUGUGAUGUUUUUUGUCCAGUUUGCCCCUGUUCAACUGUCAGUGGUUCAGAAGGUAGCAGUGAUGCUGUCUUACCCAGCCAGUCUCCACUGCCAAGUGCAGGCAUACCCUGCCCCAGUCUUUUCCUGGUACAGAAAUAAACUGCAGCUAACCACAAUGUCUUCUAGCAGUUUGGCUAUAUCAGAGUUUCCAGUGUCAGCUGUUGUCUCAGGGUAUGGCAGUCACCUUAUGAUCAACAGGGUGGGAGCUGGUGACUUUGGUAGUUACCAAUGUGUGGCAGUCAACGUCAUGGGCAAUGUUACACAAACCCUCACCAUCACAACAAAAUCUACCCCAGAGGCACCCUUUGAUCUCAAGGUUCUUGAUACCACCUGGGAAUCUGUGCACCUGCAGUGGACAGCUGGCUUUGAUGGUGGUUAUAUACAGCAGUUUAAACUCCAGUACCAGGAAACUGAUGAUAAAGGCUCUGGGAUGCAAGAGAAACCUGAUGAGGCUAUCAAUGUUACUUGGUACAAUGUGACAGGACUCAAGCCAUCCACUACCUACAAGCUUGCUGUGUUUGCUUUAAACUUCCUGGGGGCUAGCAAGCCAUCCACUACUAUCACUUCUCAGACCUCAGAUUUGGACAUUCCACAUCUUGAUGACAACUCCCUGGUCUUUUCUGCUGUGAAUGGCCAAUUGUCAAUAAACUACCAUUUGCCUGCAAUGUACUGCCUCAAAAUUCAAGUGCAAGUUGCUAACAACUGGCAGACAACACACAUGUGUACAGAACUGGACUCUGUAGCACUGACACAGACAGGAAUCACAGCUGUCAAUGUGUCAGUGUGCCUGCUUUCUCGCCCAGAUGUCUGUGGAAAACCUACUGCAGCUGUAACAGCAAACACGGGAAGCUGGGGUAUCAAAGAGCGAGAAGUUAUCAUCAUUGCUUGUGUCUGCGCUGCUAUCAUCGUCACUCUUCUUGUUAUCCUUGUCUGCUUCAUCUGUCGCCGACGUCAGGCUAAUGCUAAAGAAUAUGCGGAGGAGAGAGAGAGCAGUCAGCCUCCACCUGUCAAUGGAACUGUUUCUAGCAAAAAGCCACAAGCACAAACACAGCCGCAGGUGUACAACAAUAUUGACAGCCGCUACCCUGCCUUUUCCUCCAGUGAGCUGGAGCCACCGUAUUGGGACAUGAGUUCACGCCAUGUGGGAUGCAUGGAGGACAACUCCUUCGACUCAGAACGAGAACGGCAUAUGAUGGAGCUACAACUAAGCCGACAAAAUGAGGCUAUAUAUGGCUCUGCCGAUGGCUUCAGGAAUCGACAGGAUGUAUUCAAUUCGUCAACAGUUUUGCGAGGGGGGGGUCGAGAAAAAUACAUUGACCUGGAGGAUCAUCAGGACCCUAGUCUGCAGAGUCAGGAAAGUGGCUAUUCCACUGGAGACACUGCCAAGCCCAAAAAGGUCAUCUAUGAAGUUGUUGUUUGAGAAGUGUCUCAUCGUGGUCCUGUCAUCUAUGAAGCUGUUGUUUGAGAAGUGUCUCAUUGUGCUCCUGCUGAGUGACUUUUGUAUGCUGGUGCACUUUUUAAGUGUCCUUGUAUUCUUGACCUGAGUAGCACACCUUGUCUGCUCAUGUCCCCAUAUCUUGCCAGUGCACACAGAUUCUUGUUCUGCAUGUUGUGAGUCACCACAAACAAAAUAAACAUGUUAUAACCAGCCUUGUGAGUCACCACAAAAUUGACAUUAACAGGUUGUGUCCAGCCUUCUACAAGUGGCCUUAAAGUCUGCCUCAGAAUCUCUACAGCCGUCCACUUAUUUUCAGAUGCAGAUUUUUUUCAUGUUGCUCAGUUCUCCAAUCACAUAUUGACUUUCAGGCAUCAGGUGUGGUGUUUCUAAUUGUGCUAUGACAGGUGCACAUCACAUUUACCUGUGCACUUGCAUAGCAGGCAACAAUGCAAACGUCUCCGUCUGUACUUUAUACAACUGACAAAAAAAAAA